AUGAGAGAAUCUAAUGGCUCCAUUUUCAUCGAUGUGGAGAGGAUCUCUCUCGGCGGCAAGGUACCGCUCUGCCACAUUCCAUUCUGCCGCUGCCAUCUGCGUGCGGGGACUGUACUUCCUCUUUUUUGCCCCAUUGUCGGUUCUUCUUCUUAAGUUUUUCUCUUCUUGCUCGGGACUAUCCGUGCCUGCCAUUGGAGUUCAUUGUAUAUUUCUUCGUUAGAGUAUGAUUUUUUUAGUCGCAUUCCCAUUAUCGGGGAUUAUUUCCCGAUUUUGUGCCUGGUGCCUAUCGUAUGAGAGUUUUUCAUUCUUUUCUUUUACUUGGAGAUUCAUGAUGAGUUGAAAGGAUGUAGACCUCAAUGAGACUGGCUUUUUUGGUUUCAUCUAGACUUGCGCCGGAUAUUAUUUACGCCUCUUAUAUUUCCUCCGGUAUGUCAUGAGCAUUGAAAAUUUGUCAAACAUUUUAAUGCAUUGCCAUCGAGUUUGUUUGAUGUGGAUUUAAACAAGGAAAGCGAGGUUUGACAUUACUCACACUUCACCACGCCUGAAACAAUAGGAACAUGUAACUUGACACCUUCGUGAUCUGUUUCCCGAAAGUUUGUUGCUCUCUGAUAAGCUUUUGCCAGAUGGUUAGACCGAUCUUCAGGUUCUCAGGGAUAUUGUUUUAAUGCAUUGUGGUCAAGUUUGUUUGAUGUGGAUUUAAACGAGGAAGCGAAGCUUGACAUUACUCAGACUUCACCUCGCCUGAAACAAUAGGAACAUGUAACUUGACACCUUCGUGUCUGUUUCCCGAAUAUUUGUUCCUCUCCGAUAAGCAUUUACCAGACGGUUAGACCGAGCUUCAGGUUAUCAGGGCUAUGAUGGAACUGUCGACUAUGUCGAUGUGAUCGGUUGCUAUCAUUAUAUCGACAUGCUUUUGUCAUCUGUAUUCACGAAAUGCCAGCUUUUUUUGUGAGACUUUCGUUAUUCGGUUCUGUGGUGCCCUUUUCUAGUUAUGUUUUCUCCCUUUCUUCCUUCAUUCCUUUCUCAUGAUCACCAUAUCGACCUUCUCUGUUCAAACCUUUUUGGAAUUCUUCCUGACUUUUCGUGGAGGUUUCACCUAUCCCCUCAUACAUAGCCUUCUCCUGUUAUUUGGUCGUAGAAUCUCUUGACUCUCUAUUAAUACCCCGGUUCUCUGUGAUUCUUACUCAGGAACAUAUCAUAAAAUGUAGGCGUGGAUCCGUUUCUGUUGUUGUUUAUGGGGACCGAAGCAAGCCCGCACUUGUCACAUAUCCCGAUGUAGCUUUGAAUCGUAAGUGCCAGGACUUAAUUUCUUAAUAAGGACUGUGAUCAGCUCUAUUCCUUGAUCAACGGUCGGAUCCUGAUUCCAACAAUAGGGUCUCGUUUAUAUUUGGUUGUAGCGUCUCUCAGUGUUUAGUCGAUCAAAUACUUCAUUGUUUAUCUAUCUGAUCCACAAAAUCGGCUCAUUUUGAUAUAUAAUUGUCAGUCCAUAAUUUCGCUGAUAUUUUAUUCUUAUGUUGAUCAGAUAUGUCAUGUUUCCAAGUAUUGUUUUUCUGCCCAGAAGUAUCUUCCUUGCUGCUCCAUAAUUUUUGCAUUUAUCACAUCAGCCCUCCUGGCCACGAGGUUGGUUAUUACAGCGUUAGCUCUCUGUGGAUUAACAGUGUACUUCAUAAAAACUAAAAAAUCAAGAGUUCUUGCAGCUGGGUGCCGCCCGAAUUGCUUCAAAUGUCCCCAUUCCAUCCGUUGAUGAUUUAGCAGAUCAAGUUGCCGAUGUUCUCAACUUCUUUGGGUAAUACCUGAAGUAAUUCAUCUCGAAUUCUUCUCUGCGGGGAAAACUUGAAAUCCCGUGGUAUCCUGAUGCACCUCUCAUCUUUUCCGAAUGCCAGAUUAGGAGCUGUCAUGUGUAUGGGCGUGACUGCCGGUGCUUACAUCCUUAGCCUAUUCGCUGUAAGUUCCUUGAACAAAUACCACAAUGGCAGUCAUAUCAUGCUUGUUUAUAUCUUCUUCCCCACUUGUCUCGCAGAUGAAAUAUGGGGAGCGGGUUCUUGGGUUGAUACUGGUCUCUCCCCUGUGCAAAGCUCCGUCGUGGACUGAAUGGUUCUUCAAUAAGGUUUGAGCUUCUGGGUCACAGCAGUAGCUACCAAUUUAGGCCUUCUGUGCGAGUUCAGCUGACCAAUGAGAUCCAUUCAACACUCUACAGGUGAUGGCUAACCUGCUCUACUUCUAUGGAACAUGCGGCUUGCUGAAGGAACUCCUGCUCCAGCGGUACUUCAGCAAGGUAGUGGGACCGACAUAUCUCUCAUCGGCACUCACCUUCUUCAACAUUGCACCCUCCGUUGCCUUACUCUCCCCUGUUUGUUCUAUGUGCAGGAAGCCCGGAUGGUCGAGUCAAAUCUAGUGAUAGCCUGCCGAAGCGUGAGUGUUUCUGUCAGUCAAGAUGUCUUCACGGGUGAUUGGUGCUCUUGAGGACUGACCAGCUUUCCUGACGAACUCUCUCGUUCUCCCCCUCCCUGCAGCUGCUCGACGAGAGGCAGAGUACAAACGUCUGGCGAUUUCUCCAGUCCAUUGAUGGGUAUUCUGCUUUCUAUUAUCCCCCAUUUUCACGAUUGAUGGGUAUUAUAUUUCCUGUAUAUAUAUAUAACAAAUAAAAAAAAUCGAUCCCCUUUUCCCCCCCGCUUUGUCACGUCAGACGGCGCGACAUCUCCGAAGGUCUCAAGGAUCUCCAAUGCCGGACCUUGAUCUUCGUCGGCGAGAGCUCCCCCUUCCACUGUGAAGCCCUGCACAUGUUCUCCGAGCUCGACGAGAGACGCGCCGCCCUGGUCGAGGUUUGCUACUAAUAUAUUUCCAUAUAUAAUCUUCCUCUCCCCAUCCCCUUCCUCCUUGCAUAGCUUCGUCACCAGGCUUCUGUGCACAGGUCCGUUCUUGCGGGUCCCUUGUGACGGAGGAGCAGGCCAGCGCCAUGAUGGUCCCUCUGGAGCGCUUCCUCAUGGGCUACGGUCUCCACCGGCCGGCGAGCACCGGCGGCAGCCCCCGGAGCCCCCUCAGCCCCUCUCACAUCUGGCCGGAGCUCCUCUCGCCGGAGAGCAUGGGCUUGAAGCUCAAGCCGAUAAGGACCAGGCUUCCUGGUGGCUCCCAGUAG